CCUGUGGCGGACAAUGAGACAUAAUGGGAAGGCUGUUUGCAGCUUCUAGGAAGGAUUUUUAUUCUCUGAUAAAAGAAAGACAGCUGUGGGAAGAAGGUUGUUUUGCAGAAGCUUCUUCUGUGUGUCAUCCUGUUCUACACCGUGUACUACGUGUCCCUGAGCACGGGGUGCAUGUUGUUUGAGGUGCAUGAGUUGGAUGUCCUGGCACCAUUUGAUUUCAAAACAAAUCCCUCAUGGCUCAACAUAAACUAUAAAGUUCUUUUAGUUUCAACAGAGGUCACCUACUUUGUUUGUGGAUUGCUUUUUGUUCCGGUUGUGGAAGAAUGGGUUUGGGAUUAUGCUAUUUCAGUAACUAUUCUUCAUGUUGUCAUCACUUCAACUGUUAUGUUGGAAUUCCCCUUGACAUCACAUUGGUGGGCUGCUUUAGGUAUAAUGAAAUUGUUUGUUUAGAUUCUUUAAUGCACAGAAACAACGUUAAAUAGAACAACUGUGGAAAUAUAUUUUAUUUUCUCAUAGAUUUUA